AACCAAAUACGCACUUCGUCCACAAAACCAAAUUCAUCACUCCAUCCACUGAGAGCUCCAAAAUAUCUCUCAACAUUCGCAUUUCUCUAAACGGAGCUUUACGACGAUCGGAGCAGAGUAACAUCGUAAGUGUUCUCUCAACAUGAUUUUCAUUCAGAGCAUCUCUUGUUAUCAUCCGGUUUAUUUCCAGGUGAUAAUCAAUCUUUGAGUUCAAAUUCUUAGUUUGUUUGGAGUGCGCUUCAGGUCAGUUAGUGUGCAUUACUAAAAUUGCCAGUUUGCAACUAACAAUGGACACUGUAGCGCGGCAAGUUCUGCAUGAUGAGCAAGCAAAUGUUUGUCGGAGUCUGGGCAGCAAUAUUCAUCCUUCAAGCCAGUCAAGGAAAAUUUCCAUAGGAGUUAUGGCAGAUUCAAAAGCUAGUACAAGAUGCGGAGCCAUGAAAGGGGACGGAGCUGUCAUGCCAAAUACAGAAAGGGUAACCUCUAAGGUAGGAAAUUUCACCGGAAAAGAAAGCAAAGCUGAAGGAGUGACAGCUUCCUCUAAAAUUAAGCAAAUUGGAGGUCCAAAAGCGAUGGAGUGUUCUUGGAUGUCUAAAUCCUUUUACCAAAAGACACCUACUUCUGAGACAAAUAUUCAAGCCAACCAAACCUCUAUUUUACUGGUCUCUCCCGGGGUGCGGGAUGAGCAUGAUGGUAUAGGGUGUAAAGCUGGGACUCAGUUUUUUUCAUAUCAAACUUCAAUUUUUCCUUCUAAUAAUUACAAGAAGUUUGAUGGGGAUACUAGCAGAAGCGCUAGAAGGAAGGGAAGGAAUGAUGGGACCACUGAAGAACCAAAAGCUUUUGAGUCUGAUAAAACAAAGGUAGAAGACAAGAUAAGCAGAACAGAAAACAAAACUGAAAAUUUGAGGAUGAAGCUUUGCCAAAUAUUGGGGACAACCUCUUCCCCUAAGACUCAAGAUACAGGCUCUCACACUCCUAAAGUGGACGAGGAAAGUUUAACGCUCAAGCAGCGCUUGGACCAGAAGGAAAACAAAUUUGUUAAGAGCAGACAAAAUUCAGAUACUAUAGAAACUGAUUCAGAAAGUCCUGGCCAUACUUGUAAAAGGCCAGUCACUCGUUCUAGGAGCAGAAAGAAAGCGGUUACCCAAAAGCAACAGGGAAAGGGUAAAAGUGGCCUAAUUUCCAGAGAUGCAGAGAAGCAUCAAGAAAAAAGUAUAUUGUCUUUUGAAGAAAAAGGGGUUGGUGGCCGAGAUGCUUUUCCAAAUGCCGGUUCCUCAGUGUCGUUAAAGAAGAAGAGUCAGGGAAAGAAUCCCCAAAUAGGGCGACGUAAGAUCUGCUUUACUGAAAAUUAUACUGCAGAUAAACUUCACCAAGACACUUCGAAGACUGAUCCACCAAAGCAUGCAGGGGUUCCAUUUUCAUUUGGGAUUAAAAUGGGAGGAUUUAGCGGUUUCUUACCUGAUUAUCAGACAAAAAUCCCUCAGGCACAGAAGGUAGAUCAAGAAAAAGAAUUUUACCAGCCACAAACAGUAAAUAAUACAGAUCAGUGUGUAGAACUUGAGGCAUCAGAAAAUGGAAACCAGCAGGAGUGUAGAAGUAUUCCAUUUACACAGAGUGUUGCCAAGUCACAAGAUGAUUUUCAAAGUCCUACAUUUCAAUUUAAGACACCUACUUUGAACUCUCCUAGCACGACACCAAAGACGUACCUAAAGGAAAAUGAGGCUAGUAGUCCAGCAUCAAACGAAAGAACAAGAUUUUCUCUUGGGUCCAUUCGUAAUUUAAGGACUUUUCGGGCUUCGGAGCCAGACUUCACAACAAGCGAACAAGACAAGUCUUAUCAUAUGAAAGAACGUGAGUAUUCUAUUCCUAGAAAAGAAAAACCUUUCGUGAUAGAGACACAAGAGCAGGAUGGAUCAUCUGAUUCAUCAUCUGAGGAGAGGAACUUCCAAGGAUGUCAUCAAGGUUCAAGAGCAAGGCAUCCUGCUGAGAGGAAAAGUUUUGCAGUUCAUCCAAUCAAAAGGCUGUGCAAACAUAAAGGCAUAAAAUUUAAUGAUACCAGCCCAGCUUCUGUGUCUUCAAAAGAGAUAGGAGAAAGCGACUCGAUCGAUGAAGCUUCUGAACAGACUCAAGAUGGGUUUGUAAGGGCUGUUGAAUUGUUCUCCUUGGAAUUGGCCAAACUUAAGAACAAACUGAAGUUGAUGACUAGUCAGAAAUCCUCAGAAAUUUUGAAGUCUGUUGCUGAAGACAUACAUUUCCAGCUGCAGGAUGUUCAUUCGGAGAUUCAAACAGACUUAGGAAAGCUUACAAAUCUCAAUAAAUCAAAGAGAAAACGGCUAGAAACAAGAUUUGAAGACCAGCAGAAGCAGUUGAGAUUAAUAUACGAUAGAUUCAAGGAAGAGGUUAAUCUACAUCUACAGGACUGCAGAAGCACUGUAGAAGAUCUUGAGGCAGAUCAGAUAGAGAUAAAAGGAGCCCUGGAAAAGCAAAGAGUAGCACACAAGAAGCUUCUAUCACAAGUUGAAGAAGCAGUGGGGGUCAAACUCAAUGAUGCUCAAAAGAAAAUCACAUCUACACAGGAGAUGGCAAGGGGAAAACUACUGCAGCUGAAGCACGUUAUAACAAUGUGCUUGAAAGAUGGUAUUCUAAAUUGAUACGAUUUCUACUGAUUCCUUACAUGUUACGAACUUUUCUAAUAUGUAACAGCGCCCCCUAAUUUCACCAUAUCUUUGGCACCGGUAUCCCCCCUCCCCCAACCCCUCCUUUGAGUGAUGCUAAUUACAAAGCUACCUUUUUCAUUGAUUUA